GUCUGAUCACAUAGUUUAUGGUUCAUAGUCAAUCUGCUCUGUGCGUCCGCCGUGUAUUUUUGUAAUAAUACGAGAUGAGAAUCUUAUUUUAAUUGUAUUGGAAGAUUUCGCGCGAGACGUGUGUAUGUUUACGGAAUCAAACAAGAAGUCUAGGAUAGUUUUAUUCCUUUUUCUUUUCUAAAAGUUACGAGAAUAGCAGUGAUUUAAUAGUGAAAAUGACAUGAAUUCAUGCUGUGCGCGUUUCGAUAUAAAGGUGGGAGGGGGAGGAAGAGAGAUGUGUCGGUGGAUGAAUUACUACAAUUUGCUUAAUAGCUAAUAGACUCAAAAUUACUGGUAUGCUUUUACGAUCCAUUCACGAUGUCCGCAUAUGUGACGAUACUGCCAUACCUUUUCCUAGGAUUAUUAGGAGUUGCAUUAGGACAUGAUGUUAAAGGUUCUAAAUUUUGUGAAUUUUAUAAUGAAACUAUGUGCACAGAAAGUCAACAAGGUUGUUCAGGAAAAGAGGAAUGUGGUCCACAUGACCCAGAUAAGCGUAAUCAUUGUUAUGUGCUAUGGUAUAUUGACAGUGUAACCAAAAAAUCUAUAAUUAAAUUGAAGGGUUGUUUCUUAGAUAGUAAAGAAUGUUACGACAAAACAAAAUGUGUUGAAGAAAAUGCAGACAGGCAAAAGAAAUUAUUUUUCUGUUGCUGCGAUGGUAAUAUGUGCAACCAAAAUUUCACUUGGGAUCCACAACCUACUCAACCUCCUCCCGUUGAUCACGGAUAUAAACCAGUUCCAAAUACUGAACAACAAGUAAUAACACUUGUUUUAUCCAUAUCAAUUCCUAUUCUCAUUCUUGCAUUAACUUUACCCAUUUUGUAUUGGUGCUAUCGUCGUAAAAAAUUGGGAUACUUUAAUGAGGUGCCAACGUUAGAACCAUUACCUUUACCUCAGCCAUCUCCUAAUUUAGGAUUACGCCCAAUCCAACUUCUCGAAAUUAAAGCUCGAGGACGAUUUGGAGCUGUGUGGAAAGCACAGUUGAAAAAUGAUAUUGUGGCUGUAAAAGUUUUUCCUAUACAAGAUAAACAAUCUUGGCAAACGGAACAAGAAAUAUUUAGACUUGCACACAUGGAUCAUGAGGAUAUAUUGCGUUUUAUAGGUGUUGAAAAAAGAGGAGAUAAUUUGCAAGCAGAGUUUUGGUUAAUAACUGCAUACCAUGAAAAAGGUUCUUUAUGCGACUAUCUAAAAGCUAAUGUUGUAACAUGGCCUGAAAUGUGUAGAAUUGCAGAAUCUAUGGCUCGGGGAUUAAUGCAUCUGCAUGAGGAGAUACCAGCUAAUAAAGUUGAUGGCUAUAAACCAGCUGUUGCUCACAGAGACUUCAAAUCUAAGAAUGUGCUUCUCAAAGCAGAUAUGAAUGCUUGUAUAGCCGACUUUGGCUUAGCAUUAAUAUUCCAUCCUGGAAAGCCUUGUGGUGACACACAUGGGCAGGUUGGAACAAGAAGGUAUAUGGCUCCCGAAGUUUUAGAAGGGGCUAUCAAUUUUACAAGGGAUUCAUUUUUGCGAAUUGACAUGUAUGCAUGUGGACUCGUAUUGUGGGAGUUGGCUUCACGAUGUACUGUACAAGAUGGACCAAUUGGAGAAUAUAGACUACCAUUUGAAGAUGAAGUUGGUCUUCAUCCUACAUUAGAAGACAUGCAAGAAAGUGUGGUACAUAAAAAAGAAAGGCCACUUAUUUUAGAAACAUGGCGUAAACAUCCGGGACUUUUAUCAAUUUGUGAUACGAUGGAGGAAUGUUGGGAUCAUGAUGCCGAAGCGCGUCUUUCGGCUUCGUGUGUAAUGGAGCGAGUGGCUACAUUGAGUAGGACACUUGUUUUAAAUUCAUCUACAUUAAUUCGCGUUGAUAAUACCAACGAGUCUAUCAGCACUAAGGAGUCUAGUAUGUAGUUAGUAUAUAUGUAUUAUAGUUUUAGUUAAAUUGCACAACCAUUUCCUGUAUCAUAAUUUUUUCAUGUACAUAUGUGAGAAAUGCCAGAACAUCAAAUGCAUGAGCAUUUUAAUCAUCAGAAUUUAUGAUUAUAUUAUUUUUGUAUCUAUUAGAUUUCUAACUUUUUAAACUAGAAUAUAGAUUUAGAUCAUAAUUUAUAAUUUAUUACAGUAAGAUUUAUUGAUAAACGAGUAUAUAGAAAUUAACAGCUUUUGAAUCGUUAGUUUUUCCACAGUUUUUACCUAAUUUGGCUGUGCUGACUUUAUAAUGUUUUUUUUUUUUUUUUUUUUAUUGCAUGCAGCUUGAUUAUAUAUUAGAAUCUACAUUGCAAAAUAUAUGGAAGAUAAUUUUUUUCUUUCUGUUUGUACAAUGGAUUUAUUGUUUUAUUCUGAAUAAUUAUGUAUUUAACAGUAUUUUCAGCAUACAUUUUACACUUAAAUCUGUGAAAUACAUAAAAUAACAAAACUGUUGAUUGCUUGUACAUAUAGAAGAGUGGUACAUACAUUGAAACAAAUGCAUAGUUGUGCCUGUAUAAUCAAACAUUGUCUUUACUCCGUAAUGUUAUUUGUACCUAUUUUAUAAAGCAAUUUUUUUUUCUUUUUUUUUUUAAGACAUCUUAAUAAAAAUAUAUCAGAGUCUUUUCUGUUAUUAUUUAUACAAGCAUGUUCAGAUAUGUACAAGAUUUAUUUAAUAAAUACUUUAGAUGCAAUCUACAGAGAUUAAUUGUAUUUAGAGAUUAAUUAAAUCUUUCUUUCAAUUGUAUCAUAAAAAUGAAUCAUUUUGCACUACAACAGUUAAUCUGCUUUUGAAAAAU